GUAUCCAGUUGGUGGUAAGUCGCUGAUCGCUUUACUGCUGUGGUGUGUGCUCACGCUGUGUAUGUAUACACUUAGUGCUGACUUUGUAUUGACAUGCGCAUACCAUCACUCGCAAGCCGCAAAUCAAAUCAUAACAACGGUCAGCGAAUAACGAUGCAAGCCGCCUGAAAGUGCUCUUACUUUAAGUGGUACUAACAACUAACAAUCAACUUGCUUUCUCAUGGACCUUUUGCAAAAAGCACCAUGACAGCCUUGGCUCGUGAAACAUUUUGAAAAAUCUUAUCUCCGUCGCGAGUCUGCUCACCGUCAAGCUCGAGUUCCGAUACGUUUUGAUGCGAGAGCUUUCCGGAUGUGUGUAAUACUCAACUGUGAUCUUUACCACUAGCCAUAAUGUUAGUGACAUUAACGCACAGUGCAAUGUGAACCUGUUUUUGCAGUGUUUUAGUUUCGUGCAAUCUGUGAUUCUCUCGGAGAAGAUAGAUGUUGAAUUGAGAGAUUGCGCAAUUGGUGAAAAAAUACCCGACCGACUCGUCCAAGUCCGUGAGCAAUGUUGAAAAACUCAACACGAUCGAGCAAAGUUUAAUCGUGUCUUUACAUAAGCUCAUACUCUGUGUUGUUGAUCCACGAGCCGAGUUUGCCUCGGGUGAUCCCCGAAACACUGGGCUUAACCUCCAGAACGUUUGACAACGCCAAUUUCGAGGCAAACACGGGAAGAUGACGCAGCGUGACACUGUAAUUCAUCUCGUUGCUGGGGGGGUUGCUGGCACUAUUGCAGCAAUUGUCACAUGUCCUCUAGAAGUAGUCAAAACACGACUUCAGUCGUCUUCUGGAUUUUAUACUCAAAUUCUUACCAAAGAAAUGGUUUCCAGUCAUUUACAAUGUAAAAAUAUCUCAUCUUCUCAACAACGUAGACGUCUAUGCACUGGUGAACAUAGAAAAUAUUCGCUAGUGACAUUGUCUCAUUGUGCUGUACCUCCAUCUUUGGGUGGCCGACCCAAUAAUGUGCCCUUACCACCUGGAAUAUAUCAAUGUUUGAAAUAUAUAGUUGAACACGAAGGUCCUAAGGCUUUGUUUAAAGGAUUAGUGCCUAAUCUCAUAGGGGUAGCUCCUUCCAGAGCUAUCUACUUUUGCACCUAUUCACAAGCCAAAAACUUUUUCAAUACAAUUUUACCUCCAGAUAGUCAUGUUGUACACAUGUGCGCUGCAUCUUGCGCAGGCUUUGUAUCCUGUACUGCAACGAAUCCAAUUUGGUUUGUAAAAACGAGAUUACAACUCAGUAAUCAUGCAAAUCCUAUUACUGCGUACGAGUGCAUUCGAAAUGUUUAUCAACAGGCGGGAAUAAUGGGAUUUUACAAAGGUAUUAUCGCAUCGUAUUUCGGAAUAAGUGAAACAGUCGUACACUUUGUGAUCUAUGAGGCGAUAAAAGCUUGGCUGAUGACUCAACAUGCUCAAAUUUCUCCUUCCGAUGGAUCCAAAUUAUCACGUGAUUUUGUUGAAUUCAUGGCUGCAGGGGCUCUUUCAAAAACGGUGGCAUCCUGUAUAGCUUAUCCUCAUGAGGUUGUGAGAACGCGGCUACGUGAAGAAGGCACGAAGUAUGUGGGAUUUUGGCAAACAGCUAAUACUAUUUUAAAUGAAGAAGGAAGUCGCGGAUUGUAUCGAGGUCUUGCAACGCAAUUGCUCCGACAAAUUCCGAAUACUGCAAUUAUGAUGGCCACUUACGAAGCUGUGGUUUAUUUAUUGACGAAUCGAUUGAAGCCCUCUUCCAUUAACGACUCUGAAACUAGUUUAUCUACAUCUCCACAGGUUUAUAAUCAAUCUGAAGUCAAACGUCAACUAUCCUAGAAUAGUUUACGGCUCCAAAGCAAUAGAGUUGAUAAAAUUUUCAAGAAUUUCCGAAAUCACUUGAGUAUCAAUCGAUUUUCACAAUUUAAUCCUCAGGAGAUAUGGUGCCAAAUCGUAAUCAAAUAAGAAGACACAUUAUGAGAGAUCAUACCUUCAGUAUAUAUUAAGUUACUCGGAAAAUGUUGAAUGAAGUCACAAGCUAAAAAUUGUUAAGGAUAUUGUAAAAUAGUUUAUUAUUCAAUGUGUAAGAAUAUGCUUUUGAGUUAAACGAAGGAUAUUGACCAGUUUCAAUGAAGAAGCGUAUUUACGCACAAUGUUGUAUACAAUGUUUUUUAGUGUAAGAACUUACCAGUAGUGGGAAAGAUGUAUUUAAGGGAUACCGAGGCCGGUGUUGAAUUAAAAUUUUCAAAUCUGUUAAUUGACACAUUCACGGAAUCUAUUUUUUAACCGCUCUAGAGUGACUUUUGUUAUAAUAUUCUUAAAGGCAUCCUGGAGCCGUUUGAAAAAGACUCAGUCGAAAACUCAAUGAACAAUUUUGAACAUUCUUAUAUACACCUUUAGCUUUGGUAUCACUUUAAAUUACAAUAAUACUAGGAAUAUACAGUACUAUGAAAAACUCAGUUCACUACAGAAAAAUUCAUAUGUGUUUUCCUGAAAAAAGUCUUUAAUUAAUAAUUUGUACUUGAAGUAAUACAAAGUCAGCACAGCUCCAAACAUUUUCUUCACCAUAAAAAUGUGCCUUCUAACUGAACUAAUGGAAAUGAUGGAGUUUGUAUUGAAUUCAAAAGUUUCAAACAUAUAUUUUUUCAUAUUUUUAAAAAAAAUUUCGAGAAAUUUUCUGAACAAUAUUAUUUGAAUUGAAAAAACACAGCAAAUUAUAGAAUAUUUUCAUUGUGCUAUUGAAAAGAUUUUUCUUGUAUUAUGUAUUAAUUGUAAAACAUAGAGGAGAUGUCAAGGCCAAUGUAAAAUAAACAUUUUUUAACGCGUUUUCUGACUAUUCUAUUGAGUGUGUUGAUGUAAACGGCUCUGUGGUGACUUUUGUCCAAUUUUCUCAAUGUCCCUCAUAGCCGUGUGGAAAAACUUUGAAUUAAAGCCUCGACAACAGAUUAGAAAAUUUUACUUUUUACUUUAGCUUCGACAUCACCUUAAAGCUUGUAAAUAAAUCUUGUUACAUUUAGAAGUAAGAAAUUUAUUCUUUUGAGUAAAACAUGUCACCAAAAAUGUUUUCGAAUUUUCCGUUUUUUAAAUUUGCUGAUAACACAGAAAAGAGCUACUCCUUGUAGCUAUUCAAAGGGGUUGGUAGCAAAUUAUUGAUUAUUGUUACUAUUCUUAUAGAUAUAUUCUUUUCAAAAAAUAAUCAGUAAAACUAUAGACUCAUAGAGUAUUUUUAAUACUUCGAAAAGAUCUUUAGUAUACCAAAUGUUAAUGUUUCAUUCAAUGCUAUAUUUGAUCUUGUUAAGACAAUAAAACUACUUCGAUGCAGUCUGAAGAUAA